GGGCACACAAAAUAAUUAAGAAAUGCAUGGCAUAACAUUUAGUGAACACCCUUCGUAAACUCGACGGACGUGCCUCUCAAGAUGUGAAUAUUUGUUUGUGCUCGAUUGACCGAUGACUGAUGACGGUAUUUUUUAUUAGUGUUAGUAUUAGCGUAGUCGCGAGCCCGAUUAAGCGUUUUCAUCUCGAAAAGCGUGAGCUGGCUUAGAAGAUUUUUCGAAAAAUACAGGCGAGACGCCGAAAAUGUCUCCUACAGCUGCGGUGGUUUCCCCAUCGAGCGCUUUGCCAUCUAAAAUGUCUGCGACCCGGCCGAGUGCUGGCCAGCAGGAUUAUUCCUUCAAUUCGCUAUUAACAUCGUUUCCUACUUCGAAUUGGUACCAUUACCAAAACAACGACCAGUACCAAACGAAACUUCUGAGUCCUGCAUGGAACUCCUACCCGGCUAAUCAGCAAUAUUCAUUCAAUCUGUACAGCCCCACGUACUCCAAUCACAACAUCUGCGAUCAACUGUCAGAUAUAACCGAUCAAUUUACGGAAUUGACGCUGGAAAGAAGACUAAUUAAGAUGCCUCCGCCUUCGUACUUGUGCCAUUUGUGUUUCAAAAAGGGCCACUACAUCAAGGACUGUCCGCAGGCUCGUCCCAAAGGCGAGGGGAAGACGCCCUACCAAGGGAGGAAGCGCUGCUUCGGCGAGUACAAAUGCCCCAAGUGCAAGAGAAAAUGGAUGUCUGGAAACUCUUGGGCCAAUAUGGGCCAGGAAUGUAUUAAGUGUCACAUUAACGUCUUUCCGCACAAACAGAGGCCGUUGGAAAAACCGGACGGGCUGGAUGUUUCGGAUCAAUCUAAGGUUCACCCACAGCACUUGUGCCAGAAAUGCAAAAAAUUGGGGUACUACUGCAGGCGGGAGCAAUAGUUGUAUUUAAUUUGAUACAAGUUCGCUUCAAUUUGUUUUAUUUUUUAUAUUAAAAACGAUGUUUCUAUUUUAUUUUAUAUUUUAUUAUGUUUAAGUGUCUUACUUUAUUUUUUUAAUGAAACAUUUUUAAAAUUGCAAUCGAUAUAUAAUGUUACUUAUUUAAAAAUGUUAUCGAAAUAUUAAUGUUU